AUGCUCAAAAACCUUACUGCACUUGUUCUGUUGGCCUUGUGCUUUGAGGCGGAAUGCCGAAGAUUCCUUUGCCCUUUUAAGAAUGAGACUGAUCCACACAGGCCGCACCAUUUCAAAGGAAAUUGCGAGCGGACUGAUAAAUUCCGCAAAUGGUUGGACGAGAAUCCCGAGGAGAAAUUUCAUCGAUCCGAUGAAAUUGUCGAUCCAGAUGAUUCUGAUAGCUAUUGGUAUGCAUUGGAAGGAGUAAGCGAUUUUUGAAUGAUUUUGAAUUGACAUCGUUGAUAUCUCAUUUUUCAGGCCGAGUACUGUUGUUUCGAGCAGAUAUGUUUGACUCAAUGCGGAAUCAAUGUCCACAAAAUUGUAAAAAAGAAAUAUGGCCCACUUUUCCCGCGAUACGUCUCUUAUGUAUAUGAGCGUUUUCCUCAUUUUUUCAGAGUAAGUCGAAUUUUUUAAGAGUUACUGUAGCUCAAAUUUUCUUUCAAUAUCCUCCUGAAGCUUUCAAAGCCUCUAAAAACCCCCGGAAGCGUCCGGAAGUCUAGAAAAUUAUUGAUUUUUCAGUACGCCAAUGCAACUGAAGUCAAGGAGCUGGAAGAGGGAACAGCGUCUUCUCAAACAAUAGAAAAAUGGACCCUAUAUUUGGGUCACCUUGCUUAUGAUUGGGAUCGACAAGUUCGAAGAAAACAGAGAUUUGCAAGAAGUAAAUGUUAA